AUGGGCUGCAAUUGGCCCAACAGCUGUGCCCCGCCUCCUGCCCUGCCCCAGCUGAGUAAGAAGUAUGGACCAGUGUUCACAGUGCAUCUGGGACCCUGGCGACGCGUGGUGGUCCUGGUCGGACACAAGGCUGUGCGGGAGGCUCUGGGAGACCGGGCUGAGGAGUUCAGCGGACGGGGGACUUUGGCGACACUGGACCGGACCUUUGACGGCCACGGGGUUUUCUUCUCCAACGGGGAGCGGUGGAAGCAGCUAAGGAAACUCACCGUGCUUGCUCUGCGUGAUCUGGGCAUGGGGAAGCGAGAAGGCGAGAAACUGAUCCAGGCCGAGGCCCAGUGUCUGGUGGAGGCAUUCCAGGAAAUGGAAGGACGGCCAUUUGACCCCUCUCUGCUGCUGGCCCAGGCUACCUCCAACGUCAUCUGCUCCUUCACCUUUGGCCUCCGCUUCCCCUAUACGGACAAGGAGUUCCAGGCCGUGGUCCGAGCAGCUAGUGGCACUCUGCUGGGGAUAAGCUCCCCAUGGGGUCAGUCCUACGAGAUGUUCUCCUGGUUCCUGCAGCCCCUGCCAGGCCCCCAGACACAGCUCCUCAGCCACGUGGGCACCCUGGCUGCCUUCGCCGUCCAGCAGGUGCAGCGGCACCGGGGGAGCCUGGACACCUCGGGCCCAGCCCGUGAUGUCGUGGAUGCCUUCCUGCUGAAGAUCGCACAGGAGGAACAAGACCCAAACACAGAAUUCACCGAGAAGAACCUGCUGAUGACGGUCAUUUAUCUGCUGUUUGCUGGGACGGUGACAGUCAGUGCCACGGUCAGCUAUGCCCUCCUGCUGCUUCUGAAGUAUCCUCAGGUCCAAGAGCGGGUGCAUGAGGAGCUGACACGGGAGCUGGGGGCAGGCCGGACACCAGGCCUGGGGGACCGUGCCCGCCUCCCGUACACAGAUGCAGUUCUGCAUGAGGUGCAGCGGCUGCUGGCACUGGUGCCCAUGGGUGUGCCCCGUGCUCUCACGCAGACCACCUGCUUCCGAGGAUACACCCUGCCCCAGGGCACUGAGGUCUUCCCUCUUCUUGGUUCCGUCCUGCAUGACCCUGAGGUCUUCGAGCAGCCAGAAGAGUUCAACCCUGGCCGUUUCCUGGACGAGAACGGGCGGUUCAAAAAGCACGAGGCGUUCCUGCCCUUCUCCUUAGGCAAGCGCGUCUGCCUCGGGGAGGGCCUGGCACGGGCAGAACUCUUCCUCCUCUUCACUACCAUCCUGCAGACCUUCUCCCUGGAGAGCCCAUGCCCACCGGGCAGCCUGAGCCUACAGCCGGCUGUCAGUGGAUUUGCCAACAUCCCCCCAGCCUUCCAGCUGCAGGUCCGGUCCCGCUGA